UUAGUAUAGGUGAUGUCAUAUUCUUUUCCAAAUAUUUAAAAGCUUUUAGAGUUGGCUUUUCUCUGUCCUUUCUGUUUGUGACCUUGCUUCACUCUUAGUCUUUUUAAUGUGUUUGAAGGUGUUCCUCGUAUAUGAAGGGGAUUAGCUCCCAGUGAUGUGAGCAGUACAUGUUUGCCCAUGGGUUAUUUUGCUGAUUAUUCUUUUAGUACUUUAAAAAGAAACAACUAGUAAAUUUUGUUUAUCUAAACGCUUGAAUCUGCCAAUCUUUAUGACUCCUGCGUUUGAAUCAGGUUAGGAAGGCCUGAACCGGCCUGGUAGUGAAAGUGGACACUUAAUCCCAGCACUCAGGAGAUAGAGGCAGGUGGAUCUCUGAGUUCGAGGACAGCCAGGGCUACACAGAGAAACCCUGUCUGGGGGAGGGGGGGACGGAAAGAAAGAAAGGAAGGAAGACAGACAGACAGACAGACAGACAGACAGUCUGGCCUUAGCUGUGUCAGUGUUGACAUGGAAUGCUUGCAGUCUCCUGUGCUCUGUAGAACUCAUCCUGCUGGUUGAGCUUCUGGCCAGCCCUCUGCCCUCCUCAAGGACUCACACACUCAUUUUUGCUGCCCUCUAGAUUAUUGGGGAAACAGCUUUUCUCCUUCCUUCCGUGCAUCAGAGCAACUCAGUUCUGGGUGAGGCUUUGUGCAAAGCAUGAAGCCAUCAGGCAGCCACCCGGACUGCUGUGUGGGCUGGACCUGUCAACCAAUGAGGUCCAGGAGGCCAGUUAGACCUCCUUUCUGUUCUUCCUUAUCAAGGGAAAGGGGAUCAAAACUCUGCUCUGCGUGGGUGCGAAAGUUUCCAUUCUGAACUGUGGAUGGCAACAUUUAUCAUGAGUAAUAGGAGGGUGGGGGCAGGCCAGGAAGAAGGCUCACGGGGUAGAGGUACUUGUCACCAAGACUGAUGAUUUAGGUUUAGUCCUGGGAUCCAUGUAGUGAAAAAAAAGAUGUUCCCCCCAAGUUGCCCUCUGACCUAAAAAACUAACUAAAUGAGUGUAAAAAUAAGAAGAAGAGGUGGAGACAAAGUUGAUGCUCCUUGGGAAGUCUGGCUGGCCAUGAGUCAGUUAGCACACUGUCUGGUUCCCCUUGUGUGCAGAGUCCCAGCAGACAUGGUAUGGGGCCCUGCAUCCUUAGGGCUUGUCCUGGGUAGUUGGCCCUGGCCACGUGCCUGGCAUACGGGUGUUAUUACUGUUUUUGGAAUGUGUGCCAAGGGAAUCAGUGAGGGAACAAAUGAAUGACCAGCAGGGUACUCAUUCCAGGACAGAUCCACCAGCCCUCAGCAGACUGAUAGACAUAUCUGUUGUAUGUGCAUUUUGACAGAGAAGUUAUGCUAACCCACUCCUGUGAUCUCAGGGCUCAGCAUUUCUGAGCCUGAGACAGAAGGAUCUUGAGUUUGAAACAGUUUGAGCAACAUAGUAACAUCUUGUUACCAACGAUUGGGGGCUGGAGGGAUAGCUCAGUGGUUAAGGGCUCUUUGCUGCUCUUCCAGAGGACUGAAGUUUAAUUCCUAGAUCUGGUGGCUCAUGGCCACCUGUAACUCCAGUGGCAAAGAGAUCUGAUGCUUUCUUCUGGUCUCCGUAGGCGGGUGUCCCAAACCCUCUGUGACCCACACAUGGAAAAAAGCCACAAGGUCGUGGGAGAGGCUGAGGAGGCUGGCUCCUGUUUAGCAGUGGGAGAAGGGAGACUUGUAGUGCUUAGGACCACUUUUUUCCAAGCCCACCCCUGAUUGGUCCUCAACCUUCAUUCUUCACCAAGUGAGGCAGCUUCUACCCCAGGUCCAGCAGAGGCCAGGUAAAGCUGAGACCUCAUAGUCUGACAUACUGCCUUUUUUUUUGAAAGAGGGAAAAUUGAAGCCCAACUUAGGCUGGGACCAGGUGAAGCCACCCUGGAGGAAACAGAAGGCUGAAGCUGGUUGCAUUGGAGUCUAAUGAUUGCUCUACCUGGGGCUCGGCAGGCUUUCCUCAGAAGAUAGAGGUCGGCAAAAGGCACCCUGGAGCCCGGUCCUACCAUACUAACCCUUCUAGACUGGGCCUCGCUGCUCAGUUUUGGUCCUGAAGGACUUCCUCAGUCUAGGUUGGCUCUUAGCUCUGGACUCACCUAUUCCUUUUCCUUGCGAGCUUGGCCUAGCGGGCUUGUAACUUUGUAGACCUCUUGUCCAUCCAGAGAAAGUUAGGACCCUUCCAGAGUCUGAGCAACGCUGCCCCUCCACCAACAAGUACAGAGCUUCCCGAACCCCAACACUCCGGAGCUAUGGAGGGCAGCAGGCCACGGGCUCCUCUGCUCCUCUACCCUUGGGUUCUUGCUUUUUGGCUGAUGGCUGCUUUCUCUGCCUUGUCCCCUGUAUCCCCCACCCUGAGUUGUCCCAGACUUACACUUGCCAUUAUUUCAAAAGACUCACUGGGACCAUCUGUAGGACAGAUAGAAAAAUAUAUUCUGUCUGGGUCCAGUUGGGGUUUGACUAGCAGGUGCUGAGCUAGAGAGAUGCCUGGAAGUCAUGGCCCCCCCAGGGCUCUGGGACCACCACCAAGCUGGGAAUGGAGGCCCUAGGAGAGAGGCCAUAGAAUGGGAUCGCUUGGUCCUGGGAUUUCCCCGGGUGCCUCUGAUGCUUCUAGCAUGGAACUCAGGCCCUUCUGGAAGAGACGGCUUGGUGGGAGACAUUCUCAGCAAUGAAGAGUCUGCUGGUGAUGCUCCCCAGUGACUCCACUGAGGCUUGGGAACAGGGUCUGUUGUGGGUGUGGCAAGAAUAGAUUGCCAAGCAGGGUGGGGCUGAGGCCUGGUGGGGCCUCUCUUCCUCACAGGCCUACAGAGGGGCCCUCAUGCCUCAAGGCCCCCACUUCCCUUUUCUGAAGGGCCCCAGGCCUUCUGCAGCUCCAUUCUUGCUGAAGAAGCUGGACUGGGGUUCCUGCUGGCUCUGUGUAGAUCUGAGGACCUAGAAGUUUCUAUCAGUUCAUCCUAGACACCCUGAAGACAGCAGUGAGCAGGACCCAGUGGCCGGAGCAGGUGCUACAUGCUCGUGGAGCCGCAGGCUCUGGGCACCUCUGUGCAGUCCUGCCUACUACCCUCAGAAAGGGACGAAGCCUGGGCUGCAUACAAAAGAUUCGGCUGACAGAUGUAUCUCAGACCGUGGGGCUCUUGAGCAGACCGCUGGGCCAGGCCACGGGGGAAGAGGAUGCCAGCCAAGGGGCGCUACUUCCUAAAUGAGGGUGACGAAGGCCCCAAGCAGGCAGCGCUCUAUGAGAAGUACAGGCUCACCAGCCAGCACGGGCCACUGCUGCUCCUGCUCCUCCUGGUGGCUGUGGCCACCUGCAUCGCCCUCGUCAGCAUCGUCUUCAGCCAUGAGGAUCUCCGCAGACACCAGGCUGUCCUGGGCACUGCGUUCUUCAUGCUGACGCUGUUUGUGGCUCUCUAUGUGCUGGUGUAUGUUGAGUGCCUAGCACAGCGAUGGCUGCGCGUCUUGGCUCUACUCACCUGGGCUUGCCUCAUGAUACUAGGCUCCGUGCUGAUGUGGGACUCCUUGGAGAAUGAAGCCUAUGCGUGGGAGCAGGUGCCUUUCUUCCUGUUCAUCGUCUUUGUGGUGUACGUACUGUUGCCUCUCAGCACGAGGGCAGCUAUCGCGGUGGGCGUAGCCUCCACCAUCUCCCAUCUCCUGGUGUUUGGAGCUGUGACAAGAGCCUUCAAGACAUCCAUGUCCAGCACACAGCUGGGGCUGCAGCUCCUGGCCAAUGCCGUUAUCCUUCUGGGUGGGAACUUCACCGGUGCCUUCCACAAGCACCAGCUUCAGGACGCUUCGAGGGAUCUCUUCAUCUACACCGUCAAGUGUAUCCAGAUCCGCCGGAAGCUUCGCGUGGAGAAGCGCCAGCAGGAGAACCUGCUGCUUUCAGUGCUCCCAGCUCACAUCUCCAUGGGUAUGAAGCUGGCCAUCAUUGAACGCCUCAAAGAGGGUGGUGACCGCCACUACACGCCUGACAACAACUUUCACAGCCUCUAUGUCAAGCGGCACCAGAACGUCAGCAUCUUGUAUGCAGACAUCGUGGGUUUCACGAGGCUGGCCAGCGACUGCUCUCCCAAGGAGCUAGUGGUGGUGCUCAACGAGCUGUUUGGGAAGUUUGACCAGAUUGCCAAGGCCAACGAGUGCAUGCGGAUCAAGAUCCUGGGUGACUGCUACUACUGCGUGUCAGGCCUGCCUGUGUCGCUGCCCACGCACGCCCGCAACUGUGUGAAGAUGGGUCUGGACAUAUGUGAGGCCAUUAAGCAGGUGCGUGAGGCCACCGGAGUGGACAUCAGCAUGCGUGUGGGCAUUCACUCUGGGAAUGUCCUGUGUGGGGUCAUCGGGCUCCGCAAGUGGCAGUAUGACGUGUGGUCCCAUGACGUGUCCCUGGCCAACAGGAUGGAGGCAGCUGGAGUCCCUGGCCGGGUGCACAUCACAGAGGCGACACUGAAUCACCUGGACAAGGCAUACGAGGUGGAGGACGGGCACGGGGAGCAGCGCGACCCCUAUCUGAAAGAGAUGAACAUCCGUACCUACUUGGUGAUUGACCCCCGGAGUCAGCAGCCGCCCCUACCCAGCCACCACCUGUCCAAGCCCAAGGGGGAUGCAACUCUGAAGAUGCGGGCUUCCGUGCGUGUAACCCGCUAUCUGGAGUCCUGGGGGGCAGCGCGGCCCUUUGCACACCUCAACCACCGGGAGAGCGUGAGCAGCAGUGAGAUCCCCAUCCCCAACGGACGGAGGCAGAAGGCCAUUCCUCUGCGUCGACACCGUGCCCCUGAUAGGAGUGCAUCCCCCAAGGGACGCCUGGAAGAUGACUGUGAUGACGAGAUGCUGUCAGCCAUUGAGGGGCUCAGCUCCACCAGGCCCUGCUGCUCCAAGUCUGAUGACUUCCACACCUUUGGUCCCAUCUUCCUGGAGAAGGGCUUUGAGCGUGAGUACCGCCUGGUGCCCAUCCCCCGGGCUCGCUAUGACUUCGCCUGUGCCAGCCUUGUCUUCGUCUGCAUCCUGCUUGUCCACCUCCUAGUGAUGCCCAGGAUGGCAACUCUGGGCUUGUCCUUUGGGCUGGUGGCCUGCCUGCUGGGGCUGGUUCUAAGCUUCUGCUUUGCUACUGAGUUCUCGAGGUGCCUUCCAGCCCGAAGUACACUCCAGGCCAUCUCGGAGAGUGUGGAGACACAGCCCCUGCUCAGACUUUCCCUGGUUGUGGUGACUGUUGGCAGCUUACUGACUGUUGCCAUCAUCAACAUGCCACUGACAUUUAACCCAGGCCCAGAGCAGCCUGGAGACAAUGAGACAAGCCCACUGGCUGCAAGGAACAGAGUUGGGACCCCAUGUGAACUCCUCCCGUACUACACCUGCAGCUGCGUCCUGGGCUUCAUUGCAUGCUCUGUUUUCCUGCGGAUGAGCCUGGAACUGAAGGCCAUGUUGCUGACGGUGGCCUUGGUGGCCUACCUGCUGCUCUUCAACCUCUCCCCAUGCUGGCAGGUCUCAGGCAACAGCACAGAGACCAACAGCACACACAGGACACGUCGGCUCCUGUCUGCAGAACAAAGCAUGAACAGCCACACCCUUGCUCUGGGGGCUCAGAUGACUGCCCCCUCCCCCAGCAGUUGUUUAGAGAGAGACCUGAAGACCAUGAUCAACUUCUACCUGGUCCUGUUCUAUGCCACCCUCAUCUUGCUGUCUAGACAGAUUGACUAUUACUGCCGCUUGGACUGUCUGUGGAAGAAGAAGUUUAAGAAGGAGCAUGAGGAGUUUGAAACAAUGGAGAAUGUGAACCGCCUCCUCCUAGAGAAUGUUCUGCCAGCACAUGUGGCUGCCCACUUCAUCGGUGACAAGGCAGCUGAGGACUGGUACCAUCAAUCUUAUGACUGUGUCUGUGUCAUGUUUGCAUCCGUUCCGGACUUCAAAGUGUUCUAUACUGAGUGUGAUGUCAACAAAGAAGGAUUGGAGUGCCUUCGCCUGCUGAAUGAGAUCAUUGCUGAUUUUGACGAGCUGCUGCUGAAGCCCAAGUUCAGUGGUGUGGAGAAGAUCAAGACCAUUGGCAGCACCUACAUGGCUGCUGCAGGGCUCAGUGUCCCCUCAGGACAUGAGAACCAGGACCUGGAGCGGAAGCAUGUGCACAUUGGUGUCUUGGUGGAGUUUAGCAUGGCCCUGAUGAGCAAGCUGGAUGGAAUCAACAGGCACUCCUUCAACUCCUUCCGCCUCCGAGUUGGCAUAAACCACGGCCCUGUGAUUGCUGGAGUGAUUGGCGCACGCAAGCCUCAGUAUGACAUCUGGGGAAACACAGUCAAUGUUGCCAGCCGCAUGGAGAGCACCGGAGAGCUUGGGAAGAUCCAGGUUACCGAGGAGACGUGCACCAUCCUCCAGGGACUGGGAUAUUCUUGUGAGUGCCGUGGGCUCAUCAACGUCAAAGGCAAAGGGGAGCUGCGGACUUACUUUGUUUGUACAGACACUGCCAAGUUUCAAGGGCUGGGGCUAAACUGAGGUGUCUGGUGGUUUGUCUCCUUCCCUGAGGGAGCCCUGCCUGCUGCAGAUGGCUGUGGCUUCUUUGGACCUGCACUACAGGAUGGCUGACUGUACAUCAGAUUUUUUGAAGCAGCUACUGUGCGGUACACAGAGGCUCUGUGCUUCAGCUACUUUAGGCUGGGUUCCUUUCCAGGGUGCUGAGGAAGAGACUUUAGGACAUGUAUCUUGGUGGCCAGUGAACAGCAUACCUGGGGAGGAAAACCUCUACUGGCUACAGGAGGCUCAGCCAGGCUGUCUAGCAUGGGCUGAUGCCCCCCCUUCCUCCUCCCAUCAAACCUACCAAGGGAUGCUAGUCUCUCAAUUAGGCGUUCUGGCAAAUGGAGUUCAAAACUGCGUAUCGGUGGGUAAUCUCAGAGAAAACGUCUGAUCGACACUUGUCACUUUUACCAUCUCUGGCUUAUGUUUGAAGUGGACGUUGUAAAUGGGAGUUUCAUCUUCAUACUGACUCUUAGAUGCUAGACAAAGAUCUCAUUUCUAGUGUAUUUUCUCUUGUUGACCAUGGACUACCCAUACAUAGGACUGCUGUUCAGUGUCAGCUUACAGGACCAGCUUGGCUGCAGGGACAGAGUUCUAAGGAAUGGGGCUCUUAGCAAGACAUAAGCAGCAGCAAAGCUUCAAAUUUGCAAUCAAGCAUUUUUUUUUUUUUUGAUGCAAGUCUUUUGGGACGAGGUUCAGGAAGUUCAGAGUCUAGAAAUGAGGUAUAUGAUGUUUCGGUUCUUCAGUCUGCACUUUAUUUUGAAGAGAGGGUCAGCCUAGGUUGGUCUUAAAUUUUUAACCUGUUUCAGUCUCUAGAGUGCUUCAAUUACAGAUGUGCACUACCAUCUCCAGCUUUUUUUUUGGUGGGAAAGCCUGUGUAGACAGAGUUUGGAAAGCUUGUGUACCCCUUUCCUUUUCUCCAGUCUUCUGAGCUGACUGCAGAGCCCCAAGUACAAUCUACUUGGCAGGAACACGUGUUCAGGACCCUGGCCUGGGAACUGAGCCCCUCAACAAAUGCCAAGUAGUUCUUAUGUAAAUGAGUCAAGGCAAACACCAGCUUUGUGAGACAGUGUCUUACUGUGCUUUAGCUCCAGACUGGUCCAAGUGAGAGAUGACCAAACACCCAUUAGGAAAUGACUUCACUACCACAGAGCAUCACUACAUCCUGGUAUCCUAGGGAGGAGACACCUCGGAACCCCAGCACCUACAGAUGACACAGGCGCUGCACACAGGGAGCCAGCCAGCCAGGUUUAUCUGUGACUUUAGGCUAAGUAGUCGGGUGUAGAAGGGAGAGAGGGAAAGGAGGGCUGAUUUUAGUUUGCACAAAGGAAUCUAGUAGUGGUCAGGGCUUCCCAGCAAGGCAUCCCUGGGGAGUUUGUGAAGUUCCUGGUGACGCCCCGCAAUGCAGUUCAGACAGCAGGAAUGAGCCUCCCCAAGGCUGACACAUUUCUACUCUUCCAACAGCCAAGUUACUUUUCCCUCCAGCAACAGAAAUCCUAGCUUGAGUUUAAAAGUAACUGGCUACCAUUCGCACACUGUUCUUUACUUUCAACUGAAGCACUGUGCUAGGAGUAUUUAAGUUAUUGUUCAGGUCAUAAGAGUGUAACUGACAAAAAAAAUCACUUGGGACUUAUGCACACAUACUUGGUUUUUACUUUCCAAGUAAUUUCUUCACAGGUGUCUUGUUUUAUCAUAGGAACUUUAAAAAAAAAAAUUCUUCUGUGGGUCAAGGAUUCGUUUCAGGAUCUCCACUGAGGCGGCCCUCACUGACUACAGACAGUAAUACCCCAAGUCUUCUGACUUAAAAACACUUCCUGACAAAAAUGAUUAUUACUGUGUACUUCAUGGAUAACAGGUCAAUGCUAAGUGGGUACAAGCAAAUAACUAUGGUUUGUUCUGUAUGUUUAAUAUUUAUAGAUUGGUAACAUUUGCCUCAGUGUUGUUUCAUUUUCAUAAAUCAGUGCCUGGUUCCUUUUUAUAGUUCAACCAACAAUUAAAAACCUGAAGCAAA